UGACGGUCCUUAUAAGCGCGAGCCGAAGGGGCGCAAGUAGAGAGAAGUAAGUGGAAGUUUUUUUUUGCGGGGUUAAAAAUGCCGCUCGAAAUCUACCUGGAUCUGCUCUCCCAGCCAUGCCGCUCUGUCUAUAUUUUCGCGAAGAAGAACAACAUCCCGUUUGAAUUUAAGAAGAUCCUGCUGUUUAAAGGGGAACAAUACAGUGAAGAAUUCGGGAAGGUUAACUAUUUCAGGAAAGUGCCCGCCAUUAAAGAUGGAGACUUUACUUUGUCAGAAAGCAUUGCCAUCUUAACUUAUCUGGCGGAAAAGUACGGGACCCCAGACCAUUGGUACCCAGCAGACCUGCAGACCCGGGCUCGAGUUCAUGAGUAUCUGUCAUGGCAGCACAGUGGAAUGCGAGGAAUUGCCGGCAAGAUCUUAUGGCUCAGGCUGAUGAUUCCCAAGGCAUUUGAAAUAGAUGUUCCUAAGGAAAGGAUGGAUUCUCUAUUGGUGGACCUGGAGGGAUCACUCACAGCCUUCGAAGAAAAGUUCCUGCAGGACAAGCCUUUUAUUGCUGGGCAGAAGAUCUCACUGGCAGACUUGGUGGCCAUUGUGGAAAUCAUGCAGCCAGUAGGUGCAGGUGUGAACGUGUUCGAGGUCAGGCCGAAACUGAGUGCCUGGAAGGACCGAGUUCGGGCAGAGAUCGGGUCGGCUCUGUUCGACGAAGCCCACCAGAUGAUCUUUAACACAGAGGAGGUGGCAAAGACCUUGGACCCCAGUAUGAAGGAAAUAAUCAAGCUCAGGAUCAAAAAGUCGUUCCUUUGAGUCCAUUUCUAGGUUCUCGUUGUCAAGGUCAGCCCCGGUUGUCCCACUCCGUGUCCCUUCCCCGUUUGGCCAGCAGGCGGUGCUGGUCAUCCCGUCCUUCAUGUUAGUCUUUGUUCUCCCCAGUUACCUGUCUGGCCACAUGGCUCAGUGCGUUGAGCAUGUGUUUGUCUGUGAUCCUUAUCCUGUGUUUGAAUCAUGCCUCCUCUGUUUUUGUAUUUGGCUCCCUAGUGUUUCAUUUGAGUUUCUAGUUCUUGUGUCUGGUGAUU